AACCAGAAGCUCAGCUCAGCAAUACACUCUCUCAUCUUCUUCAAUCUCUGAAAUGGCUUCAAAAUCCUUCAUUGUGUUCAGUCUUCUUCUUCUCAUGGCUCUCCUAAUCUCCUCUGAGGUUGCAGCUCGCGAGCUCGCUGAGGAAAACAAUAAAGAGAAGACUGAAACAGACAGUGGGCUACAAGAUCAGAAGUAUGGUGGUGGUGGUGGUUAUAAUCAUGGCGGAGGUGGCAACUAUGGCCACGGCAACGGUGGUUACGGCAAUGGCGGUUACGGCAACGGUGGUUACGGCCACGGCAACGGUGGUUACGGCAAUGGCGGUUACGGCAACGGUGGUUACGGCCACGGCAACGGUGGUUACGGCAAUGGCGGUUACGGCAACGGCGGCGGAUACCACAGAUAUCCCCCACGUUGCCACUAUGGUUGCUGCAGGAGAGGAUAUUAUGGAGGAUGCUCUUGCUGUGCUAGCGCUGAUGAGAUGCCAGAGGCUGCUUACCUGCCAGAGCACAACUGAGGAGGAGAUGCAUGUCAUAGCAAGCAUGCCUUAGUAUGUGUUGUGUUGUUUCAUUAAGCUAUAUGACUUCAGUUUUAUGUAUGUUUCAAGUUUAUUGUGUGGAGUGUCGUUUCAAUGUGCUAAGUUUAAGGUUUAGUAUGGGAGUGUUGUUUCAUUAAGCUAGUUUCAUCUUAGUAUGAGUAGAAAAUAUUAUGUUUGGAUGAUGGACGUCUACGACAUGAUGCGAUUCACAUCCAACGUAAUAUUUUCUUUAAUACUAGAAUAAAAGAAGGUGAUAUGAUUUGUAGUUAAAAGAGCACUAGUGCUUGUGCUCUAGUUGUGGCCAUUAAGUUAAUUUCAGCUUAUGUUAAUAGUGUGUUGGCUUU